AUGCUUCGCUUGCUUGCAGCGCUUUUACCGGCUGCGGCUGCCUUCAAAGCGUUGGCUUUGCAGGGCGGCGGCGCCCGCGCUGUGGCUGCGGAAGCAGGGCUCUUUGUGGGCCUGGCGGAGGGCGAGGCAGAUCAGGCUGUGGGGAACUGCCUGGCACCUUUCCAGCUGCUCUCCAGCGUCAGCGGCUCUUCCUGGUUUAGCUCAGAGCUGCUCUUCUCCGAGUCCUUCCUGCAGCUGCUGCGAGGCAUGGCGGCCGACCCGUCCUCGGCAGCUUCGAAGUUCCAGGAGUCUUGGAUUCGGCCGUGGCUCACAGCCACCGCAGUGGAUGAAAAGAGGUUUGAUGGUUUCCAGACGCUGGUGAGACUGCUGGUCAAGCUGAUGUUUGGCACGGGCGAUGAAGACACGAUAUUUCUCGCGCAGUUCUUCUUGGCGACUGGCUUAACUUGGAACCACUUCGUGGACGUGUUGUUGAACUCGACAGCAGGGAUCUCGCAGGAGCUUCCGCUUGGCUCAACUUUGGCCUGCAAAGGGGCUGCCGGGAAGACUUGGCUGGUGGAUCACUCGCUGCUGCUGCCUACAUCUGGACAGCGUGGGUCCGUAGCACAAGGAAGGCUCUUCUCGCAUGUGACCUACGAUGUCCAGGCUCCAAUCUCCAUGCUGCCCGCCUGGUUUUCCGUGACGCUGGGUGCAGGUCUCCAGAGCCGCGCGCCGCUGCCCUACGUGGCGCUUCCAGAGGCUGUGCUCCAGUUCCAGUACCAGUUGUCUGGCCUCCUUGACCACACCACCGUUUCAGCUCCGCCGGUUCGACUGGACGGCACCAACGGUAGCCUACUGAAGAACAGUGGCCGCCUGCCGAUUGCCAGGGCUGCCGCUGCCUCGUCUGCUGUCUUUGGUUCUGAGUUGAUCGACGGAGUGGUGGCCGCGGAGAUGUCCAACCUGCUGAAGGCGGAGGUGGGCGUGUGGAUCGGGCUCGGCGACCAGGGGCAGGACUUCUUCAGUGACGCCGAGCAACUUCUCGCGAGCCUGCGCUCCAACGUCAGCCCCACCACGCUGAGCGCAUUCGCGCAAAGCGCCGUGCACGCCCUGGUGGAUGGUGGCUACUCCGACGGCACUGGGAUCGCACAGGCAGUAGCCGCCGGCGCUAGCGAAGUCGUGGCGGUGCUGAACAGCUUCUCGACAAACGACCCCGCUUAUGUGGCACAGCUUUUCCCCAAUUCCACUACGCCGCUGAAGCCUGGCGUGCCACGAGAGCUUUUCCCGGUUUUCGAGUUCCCUGCCGCCUCUGCGGUGGAAGCGGCUUUCGGGGCUUUCCAGACAUUGCAGCUGGCACCAGGAAGCACCUAUUUGAAAGUGUUUGCCUUCGGCUCCUUCCAGGCUGUCACCGCGGAGAACCCUUACUUCGGCACCCACCGUGGCCGGACGGUGACCAUCCACGUGCUGAACAUUGGAGCUGAGUUGAGCAUCGGCUUCUUCGAGAACUUCUCUCAUUAUGCCAGCCUUAUACAGGAGAUCGCGCUGACCCUGCGGGCGCCCGCCAACAAGGAGCUGGUCGCGGAGAACUUGCGGCCUCUCUUCUAUGGCACAUCGACCACUCGCCAUGCCGUGGACAUCAUGGUUUGA